ACGGUUUAACCAAGGACACCGAAAUGGCAGCACGUGUGAUCAAUGCCCUUAUGAGAGUAAGAUCGCCGUUUAAGCCGCUGAGAAGUUUCCACAGUAGUACCUGUUUGUUGAGUAGUGAAGCUGAUGUAAAAAGGGUUGAAGAUGAAGACGAUAUAAGAUUGGAGGAUGUUACGCAUGAUACAACAAAAAGACAACACUACAAAGCAGAUAUCAUAAAUGAUGAACCAUUAACUAGAUCUAUAAACUGGAAUGAGGAUCGUAAACCCAGAGCUGGAUUCAAUAGAUGGACUGAUGAUAAAGAGGUGUACAGUCAAUACACUAAACAUAAAUUUGUGGGUCAAAACCCAGGUUUCAAACCAAAAGUUAGUGAUGAUUUUGGCUUUGACAGUAGUGUACCUGUUGAUACUCCAGCCUAUGAUCCAAAUCUCAAAAAAGAUGUGUACGAUGAAGAUGCAAAGACUGCUGAUCGAACAGAAGAAGAUAUACAGAAUUUUUAUACAGAAAACAAGAUCACAGUGAUUGGUUCGAAUGACCUCAAGCCUAUUUUGUCUUUUGAUGAAUUAACAAACAUGGAUAAAUUUCAAAGACGAAGCAAAGAAAGCGGAUGGACAGAACCUUUUCCUAUCCAGUCAGUGACUUGGCCUAUUGCCAUGUCGGGCAAAGACAUGGUAGGAAUAGCCCAGACAGGCUCUGGAAAGACCCUAGGAUUUGUUUUGCCUGCCAUUUUACAUAUAAUGAAGAAGAGAAGUAAGCUGGCUUCACGGUCCUAUAACAUUGAACCAACUGUUCUUGUGAUGACACCAACUAGAGAGCUAACACAACAAGUUAAGAAAGUUGUGAGUGAAGUUGGGAGGGACUAUGGUAUCCACUGUGGCUGUGCUUUUGGAGGAAGUGGUAUGAAAAAUCAACUUUCAGAAUUAAGAGGUGCAGAUAUUUGUAUUGCAACACCGGGUAGAUUGAAUGAUUACCUGUCCAGAGGAGUAGUCAGCCUUAAAAAGUGUUCUUAUGUGGUGCUUGAUGAAGCUGACAGAAUGCUGGAUAUGGGAUUUGAGGUUCAGAUCAGACAAAUUCUCAGAUAUGUAAAGCCUAACCGACAAAUGCUCAUGUGGAGUGCCACAUGGCCGAGAGAAAUACAACAUUUAGCUGCAGCUUACCUUAGCAAACCAGUACAGAUUCGCAUUGGAAGUAUGGAUCUGAUGACCAACCCAAACAUAUCAGAAUCAUUUAUAUUGGCUACAGAAAAGGACAAAUUCUCAAAACUCUGUACUUUGCUGGGGGAUAUUGCUACCAGUUAUCCAGAUGAAUGUAAAACACUUGUGUUCACACAACGAAAAAAGACAGCAGAUGAACUCUCUGAGAGCCUAAUGAGGCAAGGAAUUCCUUCAUUUGCUUUGCAUGGGGAUAAAAAUCAGGCACAACGGGAUCAAAUUAUGGAUUUAUUCAGACGAAGGAAGAAAAUACUGCUGAUUGCUACCGAUAUUGCAUCUAGAGGAAUAGAUGUUGCAGAUAUUUCAAAUGUCGUCAAUUAUGACAUGCCUUCUGACGCAGAAUCCUACGUUCACCGAAUAGGGAGGACUGCAAGAGGGGGCAGGAAAGGAAAAGCUUUCUCUUUAGUAACAACAGAAGAUUUUAGCGUUCUGAAAGCACUGGUAGCUAUGUUCAAGCAACACAAAAAGAAAGUUCCACCUCAGCUGUAUGAAUUGAUAAAAGCAGAUCGAGGAUAUAACUUUGGUGGUGGAAAAAGAAGAUACCGCUCAUUAGCUGGACCAACUAAAGUUAAUCCACUGUGGGAAGAAUAGGACUUCAGUAGUAUGAUAAAUGUUACGGUGUAUGAGUUACAUGUGGUAUAUACACACGGUUACAUGUGGUAUAUACACACAGUGACACUCGGUAAAUACACAGUGAAAUGUGGUAAAUACACACAGUGACACGUGGUGUUCAGAAUGUGACAUGUGGUAAAUUCAGGGUGACACAUGGAAAAUACACACGGUUACAUGUGGUAAACACAUGGUGACACUCGGUAAAUACACACAGUGACACUCGGUAAAUACACAUGGUUACAUGUGACAAAUACACACAGUGACACGUGGUAUUCAGAAUGUGAAAUGUGGUAAAUACACACAGUGACACAUGGUAUUCAGAAUGUGACAUGUGGUAAAUACACACAGUGACACUCGGUAAAUACACAUGGUUACAUGUGACAAAUACACACAGUGACACGUGGUAUUCAGAAUGUGACGUGGUAAAUUCAGAGCGACACAUGGAAAAUACACACGGUUACAUGUGGUAAAUACACAGUGACACUCGGUAAAUACACACAGUGACGCUCGGUAAAUACACAUGGUUACAUGUGGUAAACACACGGUGACACUCGGUAAAUACACACAGCGACAUGUGGUAUUCAGAAUGUGCCAUGUGGUAAAUACUGUUACAAAUGGUAAAUGUGCCUAUGCUGGUCAAACAUUUAUUUUACCAAGUUAUAGUGAUCAGGGGAGGAUCAAGUGAGCAACAUUUCAUUCCACAAUAAUGAACGGUCAGUCAUACCACUGCCAUAUCACAUGUUACACAACUUCUCUCGGCCACUUCUUUAUUAGUCCCCUACCAGUGAGACAGGGAACUAGAUGUUUCCUUCCCGUCGGUUUGUCUGUCCGUCCGUCUGUUGGAGCAUCCACUGAUUUCCACACUUUUCUCCACCGUGCUUCAAAUUAUGUUGGUGAAAUUUGGUAUGGAACUUCAGUACGAGUAGCAACAGAUCAAGUUAAAGUUUCAGAAGUUCAAGGUCAAUGUUACUAUUUUUAGUGGAGACUGGUAGGGGACGUGCAUUGCUUUAGCAUACCCAGCAAGCUUGUUGUACUGCAGUUUCUGUAGAUUCAUCAGUUUCUCCUUCAAGAUGCAUUUAGGAUGGAUCUAGUACCUUGGUGAAGACUUCAAGGAAUGCUUGAAUGUAGAGUCCAAUGACUUUUUGUUAAGAAAUGUGUUUGAAUUGUGAAACAUAAAUGGACACCAUAUGGCCUUCAGGUUCAGAGAGCUGAUAUUGGUGAUAUAUGAUGUUGUCAUUAGUACUUCAGGGAAUAUUCCACACAAGUUUGAAUUUCAUAUAAAGUUGUUUUUUUUUAUAAAAACUGCACAAAGUAUUUGUUCUUAUAGAAAAUGCAUACCUUAAUUUACCCUGUAAACAUAUGUUAUUUGAUUUUUUAUUGAUCUACCUAGAUCGAUUGACAAACUUUUGCUUGACCAGGAUUUCAUCAUAAAACAGAUAAGCGUUGCAUUAGCUAUAUAGUAUAUGUACAGUAUGUGUAAAUUAUUUUAUAAAAUAGACAGGAAAUAAGCUUAACAAAGCAAAAAGUAUAGGUGAACAGCUUUUACACACGUAUACAUGUAUUGUAUGCAAUAUCUAUGAUCCAGUAUGACUUCAGUUCUACUCUCCAUUACAGUAUAUAUGUAGUCAGUGGAAUUUCAUACUGGCUGUGGGGUAUUGCCACCAAUUUAACUUGCAAGUCCAAACGGACCACAACAAAGAUAUUUGUAUUCAGACAAUAGUCUUGAAGUCUGAAUUGUUCUUAACAGAUACAGAACUGGCAGAAAUUUUGCAAUUAGUGUGUAAUAUCCCUAAAAGUGCACUUUAGAUUUUAUAAAUUUCUAGUAGUUUGGUGGUACAUUGAUCAUUUUCGCCUUUCACAGAGGGGCGUUUCCAUGGUACCAGCAAGAAGAUUAGUAUAUAAAUUGUUUUGUGAUAAUUGUGAAAAAGAUUCAGAAUUUCAGUUUAUAUAUCAUGGCAACAUAAAAUAUAUAUCUCUUACUUUUGCUGACAGAAGGCUGAUUUUUGGAUUUCAAAAUUAAUAUUUAUAAUUUGCCAAAAAUUGUUUUCAUUCGAUAUACAUUCAUAGACUGAUGUCUAGAAUGAUAACUAUUAAAGGGGAAUUAAAUCAUUUUCCUAUGAAGGUGUUAUUCAUAACAAGUAUAUAAAUGCUGUGUAAAAGUUGAUCAGUGAUAAUCCUAUGAGUACAAUUUUCCUACCAUAAAUUCCCAAUAUCAUUGUAUCAUCAUGUUUUUGUCAUUGGUAAGAAUACAACAUGACAACCAAUUUCAAUUAUGACUUAGGUCUUGAUCAGGAAUAUAAGCACACUUCUGUCUUUUUAGGGCAACCAUCAGAUGGUGGAAGUUUCAAUAGCUUCCUACUCCCUCAUUCUCAAAACUCUUGUUACUGCCAUUUAUUGCGAGAUUACUGAUUGGAUUUUCAUAAAAAAAUGAGGUGGGCUGGACAUUAUGUUCACAAUGGGUCCUUAUAUUGUGCAUUCCACAUAUUGAGCUUAAAAUUUGACGCAUGCAUUUUUUAAGACUGCUUUUUCAUAUCUAUUGAAGAAUGUUCUUUUUUGUAUUAAUAUUCUAUUCGAUAGUUUCAAUGAUAUUCUUAUUUUGAAAAGACAAUUGCAAAUACAGAAAAAUGGAUUUAAACGUGUAUGCAUGUUUCAUAGUUGAGAAGGAAAACAAUAUAAGUUAGGAUUAGGGUCAUAGGAUAGGUGGACAAUUAGAUCCCUUCAGGGCAGAAAAUUCAAAAAGAAAAUCAGACCAUGCAAGUCUAUAAACAGAAAUCAUUUGAGAAAAUAAUUUAUUACAAGGAUGUAUGUUCUAGUAUAUUCGCCAUGAUAUGAUGUGUGAUUUGGGUUAUGUCCUGACAAUGUUGAUGUAUUUAUUGUGAACUAAUGUUUUAAGUGUUUUGAUUAAAUACAUUAGUUCAGAAAAUCUUGUGAUUUUGAAUAUUUUAUAUACUGUUUUGAAGAACAAUUUUAACAAUUAUGGUUGGAUGUAAGGCAUCAAUGUCUUGGUUAUUUGUUAUUUGUGUGACUUUGAAUGAGUUGAGAACAUACUAGGUAAUAAAAAAUAAUAAUAUGAAAAAA